AAAUUAACAAGACCAGUACCCUUGCUCGAUCCCUACUGGUUGACUGACUUGUAAUAACGUCUGCCAUCUCUCUCCAAAGUGUGUCCCACUGUCGUACCUUUCGGUUAAUAUUUUCUGUAAAAUGAUGGUACUCUCCAGAGUGUGAAGAAACUGUGAAUCACCUCGUUGAUUUGAUCUUAUCGCGAGUAUGAUGGCAUGAAUUAAUUUGGUGAAUUUUAUGCAGCUACCAACUCGUAGUAAAGUACUGUUCUUUAAACUCCCUAUAUAUAUAUUCUUUGCCAUCCAUGGAGUGCUAGGGCAGCUGCUCUGUUUUCCUGCAGGUGUAUAUGCUGAAGACCUGCAGGCUGCAGCAGAGUCAAGAAAGGAAGAAAGGGAGAGGGAGGCAAUCCUACUUGUCCUGCUGCUGCAUAGAUGGAGAGGCUAGAUCAACAUGUCAUUGAGAUGGCCUCACUACUGGCGCAAGAACUGAAGCAUGAACUCGCAAGCCUGAACUCGCCGACGACGGGGCGGGCCGGCGGCGAGUCAUCUCCGCCGUCGAUCAUGAUCGACAAGGUCGCCGAGCUCACCCGCAACGUCGACAAGCAGGAGUACGAGCCGCACUUCGUCUCCAUCGGGCCGUACAACCGCAGCUGCGACUGCAAGUCCAAGCUCGCCAGGGACUCCGACAAGGUGGGUAGGCUCCAGGAGGUCCUGUCGGCGGCGGCGGCGCACACCACCGCGCCGCUGCAGCUGGAGGACUUCAUCACCGAGCUCGCGCGCAUGGAGGCUCGCGCGCGGAAAUGCUACAAGCUGUCGUUCGAUCACGUCCAGAGCAAGGAUUUCCUGCGCUGGCUGCUGCUCGACGGCUGCUACAUCCUCGUCCGCUUCGGCGACGUCGUGAUGAGGCGCCGACCUGAGGACGAGGAGGUGGAGGAGGAGGAGGAGACCACGGCGGAUGGCAUCGUGCUCCGCCGCGUGAGGAGAUGGUUUCAUGUCCCGAGCUGCAAGGGGUUCCUGCGCCGGCGGCUGCUCGACGCGUGCUACGUGCUCGUCCGCCUCCGCGACGUCGUCGUCGGGCGCCGCAGCAAGGCGCCCGUGGCGGCAGAGGCUAACCGCGUCGUGCCGUCGGUGGAGGAGAGGGAAGAAGAAUCCGCCGUCGACCAGCAGGAGGCCGUGGCGGUGGUCCGCGACGUGUUCUACCUCGCGGAGAACCAGAUUCCCUUCUUCGUCGUCGACAAGAUCCACCAGCUGACGUUCCUCGACGGCCAGACUCCGGCGGUGCACGCCAUCGCGAGGUACGCGCACGAGCUCCUGCGGGUGAACGGGUACUCCGUCGCGACGCCGACCAAGGUGGAGGAGCCGGAGCGGCCGCCGGAGCCAGCCAACCUCCUCCACCUGCUGCACAUGCACUUCACGCCUACAGUACUGACGUCCGCCGCCACCACCGGUAGCCGCCGCCGCGGCGGCGGUAGGCCCGUGGGGCGGUGGCGCACGGCGAUGGAGUACUACUUCGCCGGCGUAACGUUCAAGAAGCGGCCCCUCGAUCGGCGCGGCGGCGCGCGGUGCGUCCUCGACGUGAAGGUGAGCGGGUGCGGCGGCGGGACGCUGGAGAUGCCGCAGCUGACCGUGGACGCGGAGACGUGGCCGCUGCUCCGCAACCUGAUGGCGCUGGAGCAGUCGAACCCGGCGGCGGCGGGGAGCCACGUGACGGCGUACUGCGUGUUCAUGUCGCAGCUGGCGUGCACGGCGGCGGACGUGGAGCUGCUGUCGCGGCGGGGCGUGAUCGUGCACGGGCUGGGGCACCACGGCGAGGUGGCCAAGCACUUCGCGGACCUGUGCAAGGGGGCGGUGUUCGACGCGGACGACGCCGACAUGAACUACCUGAGGCCGGUGUGCCAGGUGCUCGAGCGGCGGUUCCAGAGCCGGCCGCGGCGGUGGAUGGCGUGGCUGAAGAAGAAGUACUUCGCCAACCCGUGGCUCAUCGCCGGCCUCGUGGCCGCCACCGUUGGCCUCGUCUGCACCGUCAUCCAGGCGGUCUACUCUGUUCUCGGUUACACAAAACCAGGGAGCUAGCUGUGGUGACGUGGCUGUGUGACGUAUCGUGCUACGUAGCAGCCAUGCAGUGGUCCCAUGCGCGUAGCAGCAUAUAUAUAUAUAUAUCUAUAUAGUGCAUGUUUUCAGUGGAGUGUAAGAAUAGUCAGCUUAAAUAUGUAAGUUCUUUUUUGAGAACCGAAACUUGUAAGUAUAUGUUGUUUAGAUGUAAGAAAGACUUAACAGCCCAUGUUUCUAAAACUUAGUUGUAAUUUUAGAUUAAUUUUUAAUAACUUCA